AUGGUUCCACUAAAUCUUCUCAUCAAUCCCGGUGCUGAAUUAUCUGCCCUAGCUGGUUGGACACAAACUGGGUCGUCUCCCGUACUUCAAGACACGGGUGGUCUGCUUAAUAGUGGCUACAAUCAACAUACGGGAACUGCUUGUUUUGCAGGUGGUUAUGGAUCAAGUGGGGCUCCAUCAAGUCUGUGGCAGAAUGUAAAUUUGAUCAAUGGAACUCAAAACUUUUCUACCGCACAAAUUGAUACCGGAACGCUAAGUGCUGAAGUAUCAUUUUAUUAUCAAACUUGGUACGAUUAUUGGUCUGCAUACGAUGAUGCUCAAGUAACAAUUACAUUUCGUUCUGCUACUAACACUAUAUUGGGUACACAAACUGCAGGAGCUCUCGAUUGUACACUGCAUUCAAAUUGGUGCUAUCAAAUCAAUCUUUACAGCAUUCCAUCCGGUACACGAAGUAUUGACUAUACGAUGACAUUUAUUCGUAAUGCUGGUACCAAUAUCGAUGCAUACAUAGAUGACAAUUCGUUGAGAGUUGUAUGA